AUGGUCCUUGCAGUGGGAUUGGCCUGUGGCGGAGGCGCCGAUGAGUCGGAUACCAGGGGCACUCUGUAUCUCGUCGACCAGGACUGGAACGGCCAGCUCGUCACGACGGCUGUGGCACAGAUCCUGUUGGAGCAGGAGAUGGACCACACUGUCGCGACCAAGUUCGCGCCCGCCGACUCGGCUCCGCUCUUCAUCGGCCUCGAAAGGGGCGACUUCCAUUUCGCCUGCUGCAACUGGCCCUCCUACAGCGCCGCCCUACUCGAUGAAUACGUGAACGCCGAGGACGCCAAGGUUGAGCGCAUGGGGCCAGUGGGCAUCACGGGUGAGACGGGCUGGUACGUUCCUUCCUAUGUUAUCAAUGGCGACUCCGAGCGCGGCAUCGACGCCGUUGCGCCCGACCUCCGCUCUGUUAGCGACCUGAACCAGUACAAGUCCGUCUUCGCCACCAGCGACACCGGCGCCCAGGGUAGACUACUCGAGUUCACUGCGGCGUGGGACACGAAGCCCGAGGAGCGGCUGGAGGCCUUCGGCGCCGACUACCAGGUGGUGUUCGCCGGGUCCGAGGGCGCAGGCCUGGCUCAAGUUGACGCCGCCUUCCAAAGGGGUGAACCCGUCCUCACAUACCUCUGGGAGCCCCACUGGGCGCACGCCAAGUACAACCUGGUUCAGAUCGAGAUGCCCGAGUGGACUUCCGACUGCUAUCCCGGCGGAAGUGAUUACAACUGCGGUUUCCCAUCCGACGUCGUUGCCAAGCUGGCUUGGCCGGGUCUCAAGGACGAGUUUCCUGAGGCAUACGAGUUCCUCUCCAGAUUCCAGAUGACCAACGAUCAGCAGAACGAGAUCGUCCUCAACCUUACCGAAAACGACCUGACC